AUUGAAGCCUAAGGCAAAGGCCAAAUCCUUUUUUUCCAAAAAGAUUUUGACGCUGAUGUCCAAUCGCAUUGUGCCGAUUUUGAGAGAUAAUGAAACCGCCAUUUCCGCCAUUGGAAGAAGCUCUAGAGUUAGGCAACAAUUUGUUUUCUCUGUAUUAAAGUCCUGUACUUCUGUUCGUAAUCUUGUAAAAAUCCAUGCCCAAAUAGUUGUCAGCGGCUUUUCCCAGAAAAAUUACAUCCUUAGCCAUCUUUUGUCGCUCUAUACUUCUUUUGGUUCUCUUGGAAGUGCCCAGAAAGUGUUUGAGGACAUAACUGCACCGAGUACGACUGUGUGGAACCAGAUAAUUAAAGGCCAUGCGCGGAGCAAAACGUCAAAAGAAUCAAUUGAGUUGUUCAAACGAAUGACAUUGGCGGAAGUUGAAGCUAAUGAGUUCACGUAUUCGUUUCUUUUGAGUGGGUGUGUGAGGUCGAGGUUAUUCAGAGAAGGGGAACAGAUUCAUGGGAGAGUUUUAGUGAAUGGGUAUUGGUCCAACUUGUAUGUUAGAACGAAUUUGAUCAAUUUAUAUGCAAAUGGUGGAGGUGGAGGGGAUUUUGAUCUGAAGCGUGCGCGUUACUUGUUUGAUGAAAUGCCUGACUCAAAUGUCGUGGGUUGGAAUUCCUUGCUUGCUGGGUAUGUUAGACGUGGUGAUUUUGAUGGGGCUAGAAAAGUUUUUGACGAGAUGCCUGAAAGGAAUGUCCGGACAUGGACUAUAAUGGUUGCAGGGUUUGCUCAAAAUGGCCAGUGUAAGCUAGCUUUGUCACUAUUUGAUCAAAUGAGAAGGGCUGGUGUGGAAUUGGAUCAGGUGGCAUUGGUGGCUGCAUUGUCAGCUUGUGCUGAAUUGGGAGACUUGACAUUGGGAAAAUGGAUUCAUGGGUAUGUUGAAAGAACAUGGCGAAGUAGACACCUCCCAGUAUUGGUGUCUUUGAACAAUGCUCUGAUGCAUAUGUAUGCAAGUUGUGGUGUUAUGGAUUUAGCAUAUAAGGUGUUCGAAGAAAUGCCUCAACGAAACACUGUUUCUUGGUCGAGCAUUAUCACUGGAUUUGCGAAACAAGGUUGUGGAGUAGAAGCCAUUAGAAUCUUUCAGUUGAUGCUGUGCUCUGGUCAAAAUGAAGUCAGACCUGACGAGAUCACCUUCAUUGGAGCCCUCACUGCUUGCAGUCAUGCUGGUUUAAUCAGCGACGGUAUUCAACUUUUCCAGUCUAUGCACAAAACUUUCGGAGUUAUCCCGCAGAUUGAGCAUUAUGGAUGCAUGGUUGAUCUCUUGAGCCGUGCAGGCUUACUGAGUGAAGCGUUGAGUCUGAUUGAGAGUAUGCCAAUGAAGCCAAACAAUGCUGUGUGGGGAGCACUUCUCAGUGGCUGUAGACUUCACAAGAAUGACGAGAUCGUAUCCCAUGUUGCAAGACAUUUGUCUUUCGGAAUCGAUCCCAACAAUCAAGCUGCUGGAUACUUCAUGCUCCUAGCUAAUGUUUAUGCUGCAGACGGUCGUUGGCAAGACACUGCUACUGUCAGACGGAACAUGCACGACAUAGGAGUGAAGAAACCUUCAGGAAGAAGUUGGAUUGAGAUUAAUGGAGUCUUAUGUAGUUUCGUGGCGGGGGAGGAGACUCAUAAGGAUGUGAAUUUAAUUUACGAGAUGCUUGGGAACAUAACCAGACAAGCCCGGAUGGAGAGCUGCAAAUCGAAGACAAUAUCAGAAGCAUUUAUUAGUGUCUAAGAGACGCAGUUGGAGAACAAAGAAGAAAGACUUCUGGUGAGAUUGCUAUUUUGCUGCUGCGACAUACUGUAGAAGCUGAAUGUAGCAUUCGUUUGGUCUCAUAGUUCUCUCAAUCUUAUUACGUUUGGAAAAACCAUGCAAAUGUAUGUAGAUCAAUGGAAGUUUCAAUUAUAAAAGCUUCCAUGAAUGCAAGCCCUUCAUAUCUUCCUCCAUUUUCGAUCAAGGCGGUGCAUUUUAGCUUGGAAGCUGAUCGAGCAAAGAUAUUUGUUUUUCCGAAAAGAGGAAAGGGUAAAAGGAAAAAAAAAAAAAUCCAAAAACAGAGGCAAAGCCAAAGCUUCGUAG